AUGGAACGUCGGAAGAAACGACAACAGCAACAAAAACAACAACAACAAGAAUUAGAUGAUAACAAUCGUCGAGGGCGUUCUAGGAAACUUUCACUUAGUCUUGAUAUUGUUAGUAAACCAAGUCCAUCACCAUCACGUGUUGAUGGUAUACGUAGUUUACUAUCUCGCGAAAUUUACUCAUUACAUGAACAAUUUGCUCAAGCAUCUCAAUCUGCUGGUAAUCUAGCACCAGUUGAUAGAAAAUUUUCAGAUCCCGAAUUUUUACCUCUACCCGAAAGUAUUGCACGUGGUGAUGAAGGAACCAGUUUUCUUGGUGCGAAAUAUCAAGGACGUGUAGCAGGAUGGUUACGUCCUGAACGUAUUCGAUGGUCCAGUGAAGAUAAACAAUAUCCAUUAGCUUUGUUCAAUCAACCUCAUCCAAAAGAUAUUAUUCAAGGUCGUCUUGGUAAUUGCUGGCUUAUUGCUGCAUUAUCAUUAAUUGCUGAAGUACCACAAAUUCUCUAUAAAGUAAUGAUUACCAAACGAUAUAAUCCUGCUGGACUUUAUCGAGUUCGUUUAUGCAAUCAAGGUAUAUGGCAAGUAGUUACUGUUGAUGAUUUGUUACCUGUAUCAACAUCAAAUUCACUUGUAUUCUCACGAAGUAAGAAAAAACAAUUAUUCGCCCCAUUGAUUGAGAAAGCAUUAGCCAAAAUGCAUGGUAGUUACAUGACUCUAAAAUCUGGAAGAUGUGAUGAAGGCUUACAAACACUAACAGGUGAACCAUGUGAAGUACUUUUUUUACGUUCAUCUGAUCCUGAAAAAAAACCAGAUCUUAAUCAAAUAUGGACUAGUAUUCUUCAAUCACGUGCUAAAGGAUAUCUUAUGACAUGUCCAUGUUCGAAUAAACGUUUUAGUGAACAAACUUUUAGUCGAAUGGGUCUUGAAUCAGAUCAUGCCUAUAGUAUUCUUGAUGCACGUCAAAUUAAUUCUCAAAGACUUGUUCGUUUACGUAAUCCAUGGGGUGAAAAAGAAUGGAAAGGUGCAUUAAAUGAAAAUUGGACUAAAUGGCCUAAAGCUCUCAAAAAUAAACUUAGUACAUCAUCAGCAAAUGAUGGUGUUUUUUGGAUGCCUUGGGAACAAAUGCCUUCAUUCUUCAGUAGUGUUACUAUUUGUAAAGUGAAUGCAAAUUGGCAUGAAGCUCGUAAACGUGGUCAAUUUAGUGAUUUUUCUUCUACAAUAACAUCAGUAUAUGGACUUGAAUGUCCAUAUGGAGCUGAACUUGAAAUCGAAGUAUUUAAUGCUGGCGAUGGAAAUUAUUAUAAUCGUUUAAAAGAUCCUGAUGUUGAUCUUUUUCUAAUUUUACUUAGUUCAAAUGGUUACUGUAGAGCAUAUAAACAUGAUGUUGAUUAUUAUAUAACACUAUCGACAUCUGUACCACCUGGUCGAUAUACUAUAUUAGCUGGUUCAAUGUCUGUAGUUAAUUAUUUAGUUUAUCCAGCAUUUAAUUUAGUUGUACAUGGUAGUCAACCAUUUGUUGUACAUGAUCAACCAUCAUCAUAUGAAUUAGUUGCGGAUGCUUUUCAUGCUGUUGCUCUUCGUGCUAAUAAUCGGCAAGAUAUGGGUGGUGGAGUCUCGAUUUUAACAUUUGAUGAUAAUGGCAAUUUUGGACUUGUUUGUGAAAAUAAAUCUAAUCGAACAGUUCGUCUUAGUAGUAAUUUUCAAGGUUCAAAAAAUGUUCUUUCGUCUCGACAUGCUUUUCAAAUGGUUGAUACAAUUCCAGCAAAAACACAACAACUGAUUGCAAUAUUCACAAGAAAAAUGUUUUCUAAUGACGUGCAAAUCGCCUACCAGGCUUCGGGUGAAUUACUUGAUCCUGAUCACUAUAUUCGAGCAAGAAAUAAUCCAACUAUUCCUGCACAAGCUAUCGGUAGAAUUAUUUAG